AUGGUGCUGUACUAUAGAUGGGGGUACGGGAGCCCCCGUUUCCUGGAGGUCGCCCAGGGUUUCCACCCGCGCGGGAUCCCCCGGUCCGAGGCGAGAGGGGGAGGCGGCUACGCCGUGGAGAACGUCAAGCGCUAUCUCUCGAAGAUGGACAAGGCGGUGGACUACGAUUACUACUACGACGAUGAACUCCGCUACACCCGCUUCAAGUCCCCCUUCGACCGACGCCCCCUCGUUGGCCGCCGCACACGCCACAGGAAGAACGAGGGCAAGCGCACCCUCCGCCUCGUCGGGAGCAGCAGCGCGGACUACAUGCAGCAAUGUGAGGAGGCUGCAUUUGGUGAUUUCGACAGCGAUGAUGACUGGGAGGACGAGUUUGUGGACGAGCUGUGGAGAAAAUGGGGAGGGAAAUUCUAUAGAUUGCUAUGUGUUUCUGUGCACCACGAGAUGGUUGUUUUGUCUACGCAUGCUAAGUUACUGUAA